UCAGUUUAUAACAACCACAUGCUGAAAAGUCGUAGGUGUAUCGAUAAUAAAAUUCUCGUAAAAUAUACCACAAAGCAAUAAAUUACCUAUUGUAUAACAUUACGUACAACAACACAGAUGUACAGUAUUUUAGACGUAAUAUAUUUGUUAUUAUGAACUUUUGCCUUUCUUGCAAACACAAAAAAAAAUAAUUAUGAAUUUUUUAAACAUAAUUUUUAUAUUCUUUUUAUAUUUUUGUAUAAUGCCUGGAUGUAAUUCUAGUCUUUCUUAUAAUUAUGAACGCUUCAAUCGCAAACGAAUGCUGGGAUCGGGACGACGACAUAUUCCUCCAUUUGGCGAAUCACACCGUGAAGCUUUCCCUCAGCCAAUGCCACAACGCAAAUCGAAGUCAACACCUGUUCCACUUCCAUAUCAUAACUUGUACCAGGGUAGAAGGAAACGGGAGGACAAGCGGGUGUACAGAAAGAGGUUCAGUUUGGCCGGCCAUCCUGCCGGACAGCUAGUCACCUUUGAUGAGCUAUUUGACUGUCCUCUAACAUUUUUAGCAGUGGAGACAGAGUCUAAUAUCCCAAUAGUGCUUAGAGGAGGGGUGGGUCACCUUUACUUCAAUAUCAUAAUAAAGGUGAGACCCUAUGAUGGAGCAUCUGGCCAGGUGAGAGCCUACUGCCAGAAGACGGAACUGGAUUACUACAAGGAAAAGCAGACACCAAAUGUAGCCAAAGUAUACGUUUUCGCCGCAACAACAGAGAUGCCGUCUCAAGAGUACCUAGCUUAAUAAUUUUAAUAAAUACUUACAUAUUUUGUCGUUC